CGCCGCCGCGGGUCCGGGCCGCCACCGCUGCCGCUCCCGCCGCCUCCGCCGCCGCCACCGUCGCCGCGCCCCUGAGCGAGCCGGGCCGGGCCUCGGCUCCGCCGCCCGCGCCGCUGGGCCCCGCGAGCAUGUGAGGGCAGCCCCCGGCCCCCGCCGCCUAGCCUCGCCUUACCUCUCCUCCCCGCUCGGGCCGAGGGCCGUCCGCCCACCCGCACCCGCUGUGGCCCCAGCAUGGACAGGACCUACCCAAGCCCGGGCUUCGCGGAGCCGCUGCAACUUGGGCCGCCCACCGCUCCCGCGACCCCCGCCGCCCCCGCCGCGGCUCAGCCCCCCGCGCCCGCCCCGGCUUGGGCCUACGAGCCCCGGGGUCCCGCGGGGAGUGGUGGCGGCGGCGGCAGCAGCGGCGGGGGUGGGAGCAGUGGCAGCGGCGGCAGCGGAGGCAGCACGAGUCCGAGCCGCAGCCACAGCGGCAGCAGCAGCAGCAGUAGCAGCAGUAGCAGUAGCAGCCGCCUCAAGGCCAGUUUAAACUAUGGAGGAGGACAUUCAUCACAAUCUGAUACGGAUCUUCUUCACAGACAGAAUUAUGGAGCCUCUCAUCAGCUUCCUGGAUAUGCCAACACACAUCAUUCCACUGGUCUUUCUGGAAUAUUUGAUACUAAUAUGAACAAUGCUGGCCCUAAGACUAAAGAAUCUUCCGUGAUGAAUUUCCUGUCUGCUAUUGAAUCCCGAACUGCUCCGGCCACUUCUUCGGGAACUACGCUUUUACCACAAUUCAGGGCUCCAUCAUGGCAGACAGGUAUGCAUUCCUCAACAGCAUCUGAGUUGUUUGUUACUGGAGCUUUGCCAACCACUGGGACGUUUCCACCAACAUCCACUCUUUCCACUUAUCAGCAUCCCAACACCUUCAGCAAUAGAAACUUUGCUACUACCCCACCUCUGACACUUCAAGAUUCAACUUUCAAUAAUACUUCAAAUGGUAUUUUAAAUCCUCAUGACCCUUUACUACAAGUCAAGACUUCACAGGGUACCAUUUCAACUGCUUUGGCAUUUGAACGCCUGGGUAGUUCUGUGUUAAGUACCAGUGUACCACCUCAGUCGUCUACAUAUCGUUCAGCUCAAGAGUCUGCACCCCAUCUUUUACAACCUCAGUUUGGCUUGUUGUCUUCACCCCUUGGAGGAGGCCAGCAAGCUUCUCAAGCCUAUAGCUCAUCAGUUUUUACUGGUUCUACAACAUCCAUUGAAAGAGUUCUUCGAGAAUGUAGUGUUAUUAAACACCAUCAGCGGCCUUCAAAUACUCAGGCUAUUCAGGCACAACUGACUGGUUCACAGCAUUCCUUACCUAGUUACUUUUCAAAUGCAAGUGUAGCUGAUUUUCAGGACACAACCAGGCAGCCAUCUUUAUCUUGUAAUCCAGUUGGAGAUUCUACUCAGGUGAGCAAUGGAGGACCACAACAAAAGACCUCCCAAGUCUCAGUGGGACUAGCUCAGUCUUACCCAUCUACAAUUCCAUCACCCAAUUAUCUUCCUACUUCAAAAGUAAAAAGCUGCUCUACAAAGCAACCACCAAGGUCAACUAAGACCCCCAAACCUCAAAGUGUGAUGCCUCCUGUGCUAAAACAAAACUAUUCCAAAUCUUUACACAACCAGAGUUCUGUGAUAUCAGGCCAAGCACAAAUUUAUUCUACAGCUCAGCUACCCAGCCUUUUAUCAGUUAGCCAAUCCCAAAAUUAUGCUUCCACGCAAUCACAUAAUGUGCCAUCUAUUGUUCAUUCACAGGUUUACACACACAAUAAAGUUGAGAAGUUGCCCCCCUUAUACAAAACACUGACUUUUUCUGGGCAAUCUCAAACAGUAACUUCUGAAAGUCAAACAAUUAGUUACUCCUCUCAACAACAGCAGGUUUUAUCUUCAAUUACAAAUGAGAACUAUUCUACUCAAACAAGGGAUAUUUCUUCAGUUAGUCAAUCUCAGAGUUAUUCUUCUGGUCACUCUCAGGGUUUAUCUACUGUCAGUCAAUCACAAGUUAAUUUCUCAUCUCAAUCACAAGUUUUGUCGGCUGGUAGCCCUUCAGAAAACUAUACUUCAGGUCAGUCUCUAACAUUAACAUCACCUUCUCUACCAUUUUCUUCUUCACCUCAAGUUCAGAAUUUGCCAGCUUCUAGCUCCACCCAAAAUUAUAUUUCUAUGCAUUCUUCUCAAAGUGCUCACACUCAAGGAUCAUCGUCACCACAGUCACAAAAAUUUUUACCAACUGCCCAGUCAUCUCCUUUUGCAUCCCCUGUUCAUUCACAAACCUUACAAAAUAAUAGAUCUUCCUCUGAUGCAAAAUCUUACACUAAAAGAAAACUUGAUUCUACUCUGUUUACAUCCUCAAAGAAAGAAGAUGAAUUUCCAGUACAAGAUUUACAAGUGUUACAGCAGCGGGCAUCUCUUAAGUCACCAACCCAGAGGCUGCCUGAGGGAGAAAUUAAUGCUCAAGAUCCAACCUACAGAGUUCCAAAGGCAAAUGAUAGAUAUCCUCAGAGUGUCAUUAGAAGUAAUUCUUGCCUUGAAGAUCAAGUUGUUGGGGUUGCUUUACAAGAGCGAGAAAAGGAGGAAAGAAUGGUUGGCUCAGUGGCACAUCUUACCCAGUCCAUUGGGCCGAUUCCUAAUGUGUCAAGCCAUGAUAUUAAGAAAGCAUCUAAUUUAAUGCAGUCCUCACAAGUAAACACUAAUGCAAAAGAAUUAAACCAGCAGCAUCCUCUUUUACCGAAGGUUCAUGAAGUACAGGUUCAAGAACAACAGAGUCAGGCCAUUCACCCUACCCCACAGAUUCAGAUUCAGACUAAUGCUUUAAGACAAGUCCAUCAACUUCCCUUGCCUAGUUCACAGGUGCUUCUUGAGACUGGGUAUGACUUGCAAAUUUUUCAGCAGUCAAUAUUGCAGGCAAGCUUAGACCAAGCAAAGGCAUCCACACAAAUGCAGCCUGUUCAGAGUUCUCAGCAAAUAGUACAUCCCUUCCUUCAGUUGGACAGUGCAAUUAUUCAAAGCAAUGGAGGACAUUCUCAGCAGCAGCUUCAUCCCCCAAAUUCCGAGGUUAUUAAAAUGGAUCUUUCAGAAUCUUCUAAACCAUUACAACAACAUCUAGCAACAAAAGGCCAAUUUAAUCAACCAAAUCAACAUGAUUCAAAGAAUCAAUUUGUUUCCCUUGGUUCAAUGUGUUUUCCAGAAUCAAUACUUCUCAAUGAUGAGAGAAACAUUUUAUCAAAUGAUGAUGAUAUCUUAGCAGCUACUGCUGUAGCUUGUGGGGUUACACCAUCUGAUUUUGCUGAAUCAGCUUCAAGUGAAACAAUUCCAAUGGUUGAAAAUGGUGAUGACCACAAAACCCAUUUUCAGCAGUCAGCAGAUAUUAGACAUGUGACUCCAGACUUUAACUCUCUGACAGCCAUGGUAGAAAAAUCAGAGAAUCUAAACAAUAUUUCCUUAAAUGGUGGCCAAAUUACUAUAAACCUUUCAUCUUUACCCAUCAUUCAUUCAAAGAAUAUGAACCUUGAUCAAAAGCAUCUUGAAACUUCUGAUCAAAAUAUCACCCCCUCAACAGUUGAGGAGCAGCAGCAAAGCUCUGAAACAGUGAAUAAAAUCUCUAAUAUUAGUCAUGAAUCUGAAGAAGACAAUGAAGUCCCUGCUGAUGGCAUGUUAAAUAUUAGAGACCAAGAGUUUGUUACUAGUAGUAAAAGUCUGAGUGGAGAAAGUGCUGUUUCAGAGAGUGAAUUUCAUAUGACUAGUGAUACUAGUUCUACAGGGUCCCAGAAUAAAGUCUCACUUCCUCUAAUGACUAUGGCACAACCUGGGGAUAUGAUCAGUGUCAAGACUGAAGAAGAUGACCAAGAUAUAAUACAAUUUAACCUUCAGAAGAAAAGACUUACAGGAAAAGGGCUGAUGAAGGAGGAUGAUAACAACAGUAACCAAAAACAGGUGAAACGGCCCCCACAAAAUAAACGUCAGAAUUCCAGGGGCACAGAUACAUGCUUGCCAUUUUCUCCUUCUAUUUCAGAAUGUUGUCAUGAUGGUUAUCAGCAUCAAGAAAAGAUGAGACAGAAGAUCAGAGAAGUUGAGGAGAAGCAGCCAGAAGUGAAAACAGGAUUUAUUGCCUCUUUUUUAGACUUUCUGAAAUCUGGUCCUAAACAGCAGUUUUCAGCCCCUGCUGUACGAAUGCCAAAUAGGACUCGAAGGCCAGGGACCCAGGUUGUUCGUGCACCUUGCCACACUCAACUCCCAAAGACUUCAUCUACUUCACCUGCAGUGUCUGAAGCUGGGGGCUUUAGUCCUUCUAGAAAAAUUGAUGAACUCAAGAAAAAUGUUGAAGCUUUACCAUCAUUUUCUUCUGAUGAUGAAGAUUCUGGAGGCUGUAGUAAUGAUCUUCAAAAGAGCAUCUCCACUGUUUUAUCAGCUUUGGAUGAUACUUCUGAUAAAAAAAUUAAGUCAGAAGCUAUAAAGGCAGCCUCUGUUAUAGCUCCAACUCCUGCUGCCACCACUCCUGAUGCUGCUAUUAAGCAAGAAUCUUUACACACUACUUCCCCAGCAAUAAAUGAUCCAGAAAACACGAGCUCAGCAGAGCCCCCAAAGCCCUCGGGCCUCAGCCUCGAUGGGGUUCCUUCAGACCAGCUAGCAAAGGUACAGGAAACCACUGCAAUCCAAGGAUAUACUGAAGAGGAGGACACAGACAGCGGCGGAGAGGGCCAGUACAGAGAACGUGAUGAAUACGUUGUGAAGGUAGAAGACAUGGAGAACCUGAGGGUGGCUUUAAAAACAGGUAAUGAACCUCCAGCCAUCUGGAAAGUACAAAAAGCUUUAUUGCAAAAAUUUGUUCCUGAAAUUCGAGAUGGACAAAGAGAGUUUGCUGCUACUAACAGUUAUCUUGGAUAUUUUGGGGAUGCAAAGAGUAAAUACAAACGGGUAUAUGUAAAGUUCAUCGAGAACACCAACAAGAAGGAAUUUGUCAGAGUGUGCUCCAAAAAGCCAAGAAGUCACCCUUUGCCAACAUCCAGAGCUGUUCAUUCGAAGCCAAGUACUAGCAGUAAAGUUCCCGAUCCUCCAGCACCAAAAACAACAAAAGUCUCUUCUGUAAAAUCCAAAGUGAAGCAGCCAAAGAUGAAGGCUGAGCCACCACCGCCAAAGAAGCGGAAGAAAUGGAAGCAAGAGCUAGAGUCUUCCCAGUCUGAUUCCUCACCGGAGAUCCACACGAGUGGCAGCGAGGAGGAUGAGGGUGACCCUCCCACUCCUUCCAUCCCUCGGUUUCUGAACACGAGAGCGAUGAAGGAGACCUUCAGGAGCUACGUGGAGCUGCUCGUGAGCAUCGCCUUAGACUCGGACACGAUGCAGGCCUUGGAGAAGAGCAACGAUGAGCUUCUUUUGCCUCACAUGAAGAAAAUCGAUGGUAUGCUGAGUGAUAACAGAAGAAGACUUCUUCUGAAGCUGCAUUUGGAUCCGCCACUCAAGAAUGCUUUGGAAAGUUUUCCUGAAUUAACAGUAAUUACUCGGGACUCUAAAGCAAAAAGUGGAGGAUCUAUUUCUAAAAUCAAAAUGAAUGGCAAAUCUUAUAACAAGAAAACACUUAGAACUUCCAAAUCAACCACUAAAUCAACACAGGAAUUUGCUGUAGAUCCAGAAAAAAUAAAGUUGUAUUCUUUAUAUCAUUCUCUUCAUCAUUACAAAUACCAUAUUUAUCUGACAUGUAAAGAGGAGAUUUCAUCUGUGCAAAAAAAAAAUGAAGAUUUAGGACAGGAGGAAAUUGUGCAGCUCUGUAUGAAAAAUGUAAAUUGGGUGGAGGAUCUUUUUGAAAAGUUUGGAGAACUUUUGAAUUACGUCCAGCAAAAAUGUUCAUAACAAUUUUCCGAAACCAUUUUUCUACAUGCGGGAAGAAAAACAAUUCAAAAAGAAUUUCUAGUUCUUCAGACAAUGCAUAUCUUCUUCAUUUAGGGAACUUGCACCUUGGCUUCUGCUGAGGAAAAUUAGUCCUUUGUAAAUGGACCUAAAUGUUAAACACAUUUUUAUCCUGAUGAAUGAUUUUUCUAUUUUGGUAAACUAUUGGGUAACAGUUAUUUUCGAAAUGUUUUUUGAAAAACAAUAAAGCAUGCACUAAAUAUAAUUCUUUACUGCUACAGAGAACACUUAAAUGCUUUAGUUUUCCUUACCUCUAGCUAAACAACAGCGAAGGGUGAAAAUAAGCUUAUAUUUGCAUUUACAUCUGGCCACCAAAAUGAGAGUAUUGUACAUUUUGUAAACAGCUAAGUGUGUUGUGUCAUUCUGUAAGAGAAUAUUGCCAUCAUCAGAUCCAGAGACCAUGUUCUGCUUUAUGGACUCCUUUUACUCUAGACAUGUUCAGGAAACUGGAUGUGGAAUUGGUGCAAUUCUUUGACUGCUUUUUUGUGUCAAAUUAUAUUGUAAUGAAAAACAAUGAACUAUACUAUUUUCCCUGUUUUGAAGAAAAGUAUUUUCCUUUAUAUUCUUUUUUCUUUGGAAAAAAUUCAAUUGUACAUUUUAUCUCACUAAUAGUUGUAUUUUUCACAGAGAAAAUAUUGUGGUUAUAAUUGUUUCAUAUAUCUUUGUAAUACACUUUGCAUUGUUUCCAGUAAACCUUAUUCCUUUCUAUGUUGACUUCCUAUUGUACACUCUCUAUCUUGAGGUAACUGUGUUUAUACAGACUUGCUUCAGUGUUAACCAGAACAUGCAUUCAAUACUAGACUGGUUUUGCAUCAUAAAUGUAGUUGUGUUAGACACUGCAGACACAGGAAAAUAAAUUUCUUACUAAAUUAGCACUUGAUUAACUGAUUUAUUAAAACGAAAGCUUAAUUAUGGCUUACUUUCUGGUUAACAAAUUGGUAAAUGACUUGAUUAUUAGAUGCAGUGUGGAACACAGCUUACAUCAUUCUUAGAACUGGAAGUGGUGGAGUUCUUUUGGUGCCUUUCCAACCUUUAUAACAUGCUUUUUUGUAGCUUUCUUUAGUUUUAAUAGCUGACAUUUCAAAUAGUUCUGCUCAGACAGUGAAUGUAUUAGGUUCAACAUAAUAUUCUUGUUUAUUUUUUGUUUGUCAACCAGAUGCCUUAUUUGUUUGGAAGAGAUUUACUAGAGUCACUCAACUAUCUAUCUCCCUUUUUUAAGAUUUUAUAGAAAUGGUCAACUACCAUGCUUUUGUUUAUUUUACCACCAUUUAGUGCCUUAACUCCUGCCAAGAAAGCAGUCUUACUGCUCAGUGCCCAAAAAGGACGUGGUUGUAUAGCCAUUGCUAGUGUCUUGAUUAUGAGUUAACAGGCUAACAUAUAAUACUUAAAACCUUAGUAAAUGUGGCUUAAAGUUGAAGAUGACAAGCAAUUUGAUUUCUGUCAAAACACCUGUAGCACGGGGGGAGGGGAGGAUCAGUAUUUAGUCUUGAAUCCUUGUUAUGUUUAAAGCAAUAAUACUUAAAUGCUUAUACACAAUUGGCCACAAGAUAAAAAACAGUGUAUUUCAUGGCAAGGCAAAAGGUUCUGCUUCGGGAAGUUUCUUAAAACCUUCUUAAGAUAGUUUAUUACCAUGAAAAUAGUACAUCGUGUUAAAUGCUUACUGGACUUAGGUCGCCUGGACUCCUAUUUGAGAGGUACAGAAUGUCAGAGGCAGGAGCAUCAUGAAACUAAUUCAUGCUAAAUGGAGAGGAACAUAAUGCGUAUGUAGACAGCAGCCAUAUUUCCCUCUCGUAGUAUUGACUCUGGACAGAACUGGUUUCUCUCAUUUAUAAAAUUCAAAGUAGAAAAUUAUAUUGAUGCUAAAAAAGUUAAAAUCUAUUUGUGAUAUGCCAUUAUUCACAAACGUAAGCCUUUCCAUUAUUCAUCCUAAUUAGCCUCGUUUAGCAUUUCUAGUCAAACCUUUUAUUUCUGCAUUUAUGUAACACUCAAAGGAGAGGUAAAAAUUACUUCAUGUUAUGCUCUUGAAAAGUGGCCAAUCAGGCUUAACUUUGUCUUGGUUGAAAUUAAUCUUAUGUUUCCUACGAAGAUGAUGACAUCCAUUUCCCUUUCAGCCAUGUGCUCGCAGCUUAAGUCACUUGAAUAAAACAGGUGUACUGUUUCCCACGGCAUGCAGAAAAACAAGAUUAGAGAUCAGUUCUCUCUUUCUGCAAUAUGCUGCCUGCGGAGGCCCUGAGAAUUCUAGUCGUGACAUCUCAGUCUUUCUCAAUGACAACAACAAAAAGUUCCUCCUCUCACGUCCUAGGAAAAGGAACCCUAAGUGUUGCUUCUCUAUGAUCCCCCUUGCUAACUCAAGACAAAUGUUGUUGAGUACCAAUUUCUAACUUUUCUGAAAGGAUGCUGGUGACAAGGCUUAUGAUGAUAGCUUGAGUUCUUUUUUUUUUUCUGUUUCAGCUUUCUGGUGGGAGAAGAGGUGGUGUUUCCCCCCUCCCCCCCUUUCUCUCCCCUCAUCUUAGCAUAGUCUCCUUUUUCUUGAUCCUGCGGUGAAGUCAUAAAUUUUUAAUGGUUUUCUAGUCAUCAUAUGAAGGUGACAAUAACAAUUGCUCAUUAUUUUCUUUUCAUUGCAAGAUCAAAUAGGGUAAUCCUGGGAAGAAGAAAAGUCUUAAAAAUAUUUUUCAUAAACUAGUGAAUUCUCUUUUAACCCCUAAAAUCAAAAAGGGAUAAUAGAUAAAUUUUCUAAGACUCUCAGUUUUCCUCAGCAUAAAAAACUUUCUGUUGUUCAGAGAAAAUACUGAGUUCUUGAAACAUGCAAAAAAAAAUUGUUUCCCCCCUGGAAAAAGCUGCUCCAUUUUGAGCUAUGACUUUGAUGGCCUCAAAGUCGAUGGAACAGCAGGGUUUUUAAGUGGUUGAUAAUGUAUCUGAAAGCUGCUUUGGGUGUUUUCGUUCUAGAACAUUUAUUGCAUCUGUAUGUUUUAAAAGCUGUUUCCGCUUCUUGGAGUAGAAAAGCUUGCUAGUGAGGCGAUUUGUCCAAUAGAAUGUAAAAAAAAAAAUCCUAGGAUAAUUGCUUCCAACUGUGUCGGUGGCACAAAAACAAUGCACCGAGCUGUACAUUAUUGCACGAUGUACACCUUGUUGCAUCAAUGUUGAAUGCAUGCUUUUGGAUAUCACCUUUUAUUUAUGUGACAAUAACUGAAAUUACAGAUAUUAAGGAACCUUAUGCAUUUCGAGUCCAGAGUUUCAAGUGGUCCAUGAUACUAUGUAUGGAAAUGUGAAGGGACAAUUUUGUAUAAUACACAUUUGAUGUUACUAAUUCAUUAAAAUGAAAGCAAUUUUUAAACAAUAAAACUGAAAUAUGUUCUGGG